AUGACUUCAAACAUUGCAGAAUUUUUAAAUGCAACAAACAUAGCUGCAAGAGAACUGCCCAUAACGACGAAGCUCGAAUUUCUACGUUCGCUUGUGCAAAAGUGGACUCAUGCAAAUAGAAAUUGUGCAAGAUCAUUAAAAACAGAUAUGACAAAAGUGGCUGAGGAUAUAUUGAAUGAAAGCUACAUUCGAUCUAUGAAUCUAACGGUAUGCCCUGCAAAUGACAAUAUAUAUACUGUCACUAAAACCAAAACUCCCUUCUCGGUCAAUUUGGACACACAGACAUACUGCUGCAGAAAAUUUCAAACAGAUAAAAUAAUGUGCCCGCACGCAGUUGCUGUAAUUAGGAAAUACAACAAAGAUCUUUUGUUCAAUUGUUCAAAGUACUACAUGAAGGAGACGUACGUCAACACGUACAAACACACUGUGUAUCCAGUGACGAAUAAGUCAACAUGGAAUACACCUCAAGAAGUAAAAGAUAUAAUCGUGAUGCCUCCAGAAUCAAGAACAAAAUCUGGGAGACCGAAGAAGAAACGCAUAUUGACAGGACAUGUAAAAAGGUCAAAGAAUAAAUGCACGGUUUGCAAGAAGAUGAGUCACAAUGAAAAAACAUACAGAGGAUGA